AUGUUGUGAGCGCGCAUACCCAUGACACAGUUUGGAGUGAUUUGCUGCAGUGGUGUGUUUAAGGUACAAAAGUGCGAUCGAAAAUCGUCUCGUUUCCUUCACAGUGUAAGAAACUAAAGGACUUCCUGAUGAUGAUCUUCUUGUGUCCUCUUGUCUGGCUGCUGCUAAUGCCAGCUGCCAAAGCUGUCAGUGAAAUAAGGGGUAUUCCUCUAACUGAAGCUGUACGUGAUCCUACAGACACAAAUUCGAGAAAAAUAUUUCUCAUUGAUGGAAUUUCUCUACCAAGGGGCAAGGUCACAGAAUUCAGUGCUGCCAUAAAUUCUAUUUCGGGCGAAUCUGCACCAUUCCGCUUCCAGAUUUACAGAGCUGCCAAUAGUCAGAAUGAAGAAUAUCGCCUAGUUGGAGAAAAGAUUGUCCCAGCUCCAGUAGCAAACUUUCUGGGUAUUAUAAAGUAUAUAUUACCAAUUGGUGAGCAGAUAGGGACCGAGUUGGGGGACCGGCUUGGCUUGCUGAAUGAGGAGGACUACAUGUGUAUCCAGUGGAAGGCCGACAGUGCGGAGCAGUACCAAGUGAGGCUCGCCCAGUUCACUCAGCUGCCAGUGGUCAAUGAAACGAUCAACUUCCAGAAAAUUAUAUUUCCUCAGGCAUUAGGCAUUUCAGCACUAAUAGCACCACGUGACGUCAUUUCAUCAGGUGUGGUGAGUAUCACAGGUGUGCCAGGUAACCCAGGUGUGACAGGAGCUACUGGAGUUGCAGGUCCUCGGGGAGUGACAGGUCAGACUGGGCCACAGGGAUCCAAGGGUACCACAGGGCCUAAAGGGGACAGAGGAGUGAAGGGUGUGACUGGAAUUACAGGACCGAAGGGGCUGAAGGGUCAACAAGGCAGUGUUGGAAGCACUGGGCUACCUGGUCACAAGGGAGAACAGGGUCCUGCAGGGGUCACUGGUCCUGCUGGCCCUAAGGGUCUGAAGGGAGGUGUGGGGCUAUAUGGCCCUAGAGGACAGAAGGGUAAUCAAGGAUUGAAGGGAUCAAGUGGUCUGCCUGGUGUAACUGGACAGAUGGGCCCCAGGGGAGAUGCAGGGGUGACUGGAGUUCGGGGUCCAUUUGGAGCAACAGGUUUGCCUGGAGUGACCGGAUCAGGAGGUGGACAAGGUCCAGUGGGAAUGACCGGUCAUACAGGACCAUAUGGGAUGACCGGUCCCAUGGGACAAACAGGACCUCCAUUCACUGACCAGGAUGAGUGCUCUGGCAGCAGCCAUGGCUGUAACCACUACUGUGUGAACACACUGGGCAGCUACAGGUGCGAGUGUCUCGUGGGAUACCACCUCCUCGAUGACAACACAACUUGUGUGGACACUGAUGAAUGCACACAACACAAUGGCGGCUGUCAACACAUGUGCUACAACACUCUUGGCCUCUUUGAGUGUAGCUGUGACGCGGGAUACAAACUAGGACCGGACAGAAGGUCAUGUCUGGAUGUUAAUGAGUGUAAUGUGAACAACGGGGACUGCACUGAACAACAGAACUGUGUGAACACACAUGGCGGCAUGUACUGUAUCGUGAAGGGAAACCCUAUUGGGUCACAGUCGGCAGCUGUCGCGUCUGCCAAAGUUCAGUGUGAGACUGGCCUCGGUCUCGUGAGUCGCAACACCGUCAUUGGCUUCAUCGUCUGGCUCAUCCUUCUCACCCUCAUCAUCCUCGUCAUUCUCGUCUGUCUGUUCGUCCGCCGUGGCAAGAAGAGAGGAGACAAGUAUUACCGUGAUGACGCCAGUCGACACCAGUAUUCCGAAGGAGGCUGGGAAGACCGGUCACAGAAGAUGAGCUCCAGACUACCAGAUGUUCAUUAUUAUUGAUGUCCUUCUGUUGGCUAAAGAUAAAGAGGAAAAUUAUUUUCUAAGAUAAUUAACGUUUCAUUCCAUUGUGGGAUAUUAAAUAGUAAACUUCUGUUUUGAGAAAUUUUUUUUCACUUUCAGUUCUAGUACAGAAUUGAAUUAAAUAAGUAAAAUUGUUUUGGAAUAAUUAUUAACUUAUUUCUGUAAAGUAAAAUAUUAAAUUAAGGAAAUUAUAUUUUCACAUAAUCAUGGAACUUUUAGAGAACAUUGUCAACCUCAUAGCAUAACUGCCUAACUCAUUUUCAUUGCUUUUCAGAAAAAUGGAAAAAUUUAAUUUUAAACAAAUAGAAAUUAUUUUGAGACCAAAUGAAUUAAGCUAAUCAAAAUAUUUUUAUGACAUUUCUUUGUACAUGAUUGUAUUUAAAUAUUUGUAAUAGUGCUACAGUUUUUGUCUAUAGAUAUAUAUAUAUAUAUAUAUAUAUUUUUCUGAAAAUGUU